AGUCUGAUUGUGUAUUUUAAAACAAACAACAACCAAAAACAAUUAAAACCAACCCUAUUCCUUUUCAACCAACCUUGUUCCUUUUCUUUCUUAUACUGUGGGGACACUUUUCCUGAAACUGUGCAAUGUGUCUGAAAGCAAACUGGUCAAAAUCAGCAGCGCCUGCAUUCUGUUCUCAUUUCCCUGCUGCUCAGAGUUCAGGGGCUCUCAUUCUCUACUUGUGGUUUUCUACGUGGUACAGAAUUAUGACUGGAAUAUUUGUAACUGGAGGACAGUAUGAAACAUGAUCUUCAGCCUUGUCCCCCUUGGAAGAGAACAAUUUUGAUGACCCAGAGCUGUGCCAUUACUUCCUACCUCCUGACAAGGCCUUUGCCCAAAGUGCUGGGACACAGAUUUCUGGACACAACAGGAGAAAUUGCUGGCUGUGAGCACAGAUAGCCCCUCUAAGGAUGGCUGGACUUCCCAGUAGGGAACAACUGGGGAUUCUGUUCUCACCGUGCCAGAGUUUGUCCUGGGCACCUUCACAAUUACUUCCUAAACUAAAGAAGAACUCCUUUUACCUGCUUGAAAGACAUCGGUCUCAACAGGUGCUCCGUGUCUCCGGUGCUGCAGGAUUCACAGAACCUAAGGGCUGUCCAUCAAAUAGCUGAGAAAGCAGAAGGUUCCCUUUGUUCCUGUACAUGAGCCAUACAUUCUCUGUGACUGGAUGGCCCCGUUGCUCUCAGCAUUUCACUGGGGAAGUGAAGCAGUUGACAACAGUCGUUCGUGACACUUUGGAAGAUGCUGUUUCCAGAGGCAGUGCCGCCUGCCCCUUGGGCUACUUUCCCUGUGGCAAUAUCACAAAGUGCUUGCCCCAACAACUUCACUGUAAUGGUGAGGAUGACUGUGGGAAUCAUGCUGAUGAAGACAACUGUGUGGCUGGUGCUGUACCAGCAGAAUGUACGUGCCAAGGCCUGGAGGUCUCCUGCGAUGCUGCCCAACUGCGUGCCGUGCCUUUGGUCCCUUCAAACAUCACCAUGAUGUCUCUUCAGAAGAAUCUGCUAAGGAAACUUUAUGCUGACGUUUUCAGAAAAUACCAAGGCCUUAAAAACCUGUAUCUCCAGGACAAUAAAAUCAGAGCCGUGUCCAAACAUGCUUUCAAAGGUUUAUACAACUUGACAAAACUAUACCUGAGUAACAACAAGAUAACCAACUUGAAGCCUCACGUCUUUGAAGAUCUCCAUAAACUUGAAUGGCUGAUAAUUGAAAACAAUAGGAUAAAUCGGAUCUCUCCAUCGACAUUUUAUGGACUCAAAUCACUUAUUCUCCUUGAGAUGAUGAAUAAUUCUCUUGCUCAUUUGCCUGACAAACCUCUGUGCCAAUAUAUGCCAAGACUGAACUGGCUAGACUUAGAAGGCAACCAUAUUCAUCACUUAAGAAACGUCACUUUCAUCUCCUGCAGCAGUUUAACUGUAUUGGUGAUGAGGCAAAAUAAAAUCAGAUCCCUGAAUGAAAACAGCUUUUCUUCUCUCCAAAUGCUAGACGAACUGGACUUGGCUAGCAAUGAAAUUGAAUCGCUUCCUGCAUAUGUGUUUAAGGAUCUAAAGGAGCUUUCACAACUGAACCUUUCUUACAAUCCAAUCAAGAAAAUACAAAUGGACCAGUUUGAUUUUCUAACCAAACUCAAAUCCCUCAGCUUGGAGGGCAUUGAAAUUGCAAACAUCCAGAGAAGAAUGUUCAUUCCACUUAGAAACCUUUCCCACAUAUAUUUCAAGAAGUUCCAGUACUGUGGAUAUGCCCCUCACGUGCGCAGCUGUAAGCCUAAUACUGAUGGGAUUUCAUCCCUGGAGAAUCUUUUAGCUAGCAUUAUACAGAGAGUGUUUGUCUGGGUUGUAUCUGCCAUCACUUGCUUUGGAAAUAUUUUUGUUAUCUGUAUGAGGCCUUACAUCAGAUCGGAAAAUAAGCUCCACGGCAUCUCAAUAAUGUCUCUCUGCUGUGCUGACUGUCUGAUGGGAAUAUAUUUAUUUGUGAUUGGAGCUUUUGAUCUUAAAUAUCGUGGAGAAUACAACAAGCACGCUCAGUUGUGGAUGGACAGUAUUCAUUGUCAAUUGGUGGGAUCGCUGGCUAUUCUGUCUACAGAGGUGUCAGUCUUACUGUUGACUUACCUGACUUUGGAGAAAUACAUCUGCAUAGUUUAUCCUUUUAGGUGUUUGAAGCCCAGAAAAUGCAGGACAAUUUCCAUUUUAGUUCUUAUCUGGAUAAUUGGGUUUGUUGUUGCUUUUAUUCCACUGAGCAAUAAGGAAUUUUUCAGGAACUACUAUGGCACCAAUGGCGUCUGUUUCCCUCUUCACUCAGAGCAAUCAGAAAGUUCAGGAAGUCAGAUUUAUUCUGUUGUCAUUUUUUUAGGUGUAAACUUGGCAGCUUUUCUCAUCAUUGUCUUUUCCUACGGAAGUAUGUUCUACAGUGUUCACCAAACAGCCAUUAUGGCUACUGAGAUUCAGAAUCAUAUCAAAAAAGAGAUGACACUGGCCAAACGGUUUUUCUUCAUUGUAUUUACUGACGCACUGUGUUGGAUACCCAUUUUUAUUUUGAAACUCCUUUCUUUACUGCAAGUAGAAAUACCAGGUACCAUAACAUCUUGGGUAGUGAUUUUUAUCUUGCCCAUAAAUAGUGCUCUGAAUCCUCUUCUCUACACUUUGACUACACGACCCUUCAAAGAAAUGAUUCACCAGUUCUGGUACAACUACAGACAAAGAAGAUCCAAAAGGGGCAAAGGCAGUCAGAAAGCUUACGGUCCGUCCUUCAUUUGGGUAGAGAUGUGGCCAACGCACGAAAUCACACCAAAGCUAACUAACCCUGUGCUUUGUACAGACUCCUCUGAAGCCUCUGUCACUACACAGUCAACAAGACUAAAUUCCUACACGUAAAUACGUUUGGAAUCUUCACAGCGAUGUCUGCACGCCUGUGGAGUUGCUGCUUUGCAACAACGAUGACAAGCGAGGGAGAUACGACGCCUGGGCUCCUGCGCACCAGAACUCAAAGCAGGAGGAAGCAGAGUGUGGCUGCUUGCAGGUAGAACCAAUAUAUCAAGUGUUAUUUCCACCUUGCAACAGUUCCUGCUAUUUUGACAACUCAUUCUAGUUCAGAAUGAGAAGUCAAUCUCUUCUUUCUUUUUUUUCCUCCAGCAAGCCAGGAGUGUGGGGAAAAAAAAAAAUGAAGUGAUAUUUAAAA